AUGGCGUAUUUAUCGAUAUUUGAAGGAGCUUUUGGGAUCAGAUUUGUGAUUGAUAGAGAAGAGUGCUUAUCUCAUGACGUUCAAUACGAUGGCGACAGUGUUCAUAUUUCUUUUGUCUUGAUUAAGGCCGAUGCUCUUUGGCGUCACGGCCAGGACGGUGUUGAUCUUGUGAUAAAGGGGCCUUCUGGGGAUCACAUUCAUGAUUUUCGCGACAAGACUAGUGAGAAAUACGAGUUCAUGGCUCAAAGAAAAGGCGUUUAUCGGUUUUGUUUUACGAACAAGUCUCCUUAUCAUGAAACUCUAGACUUUGAUGUACAUGCUGGCCAUUACAUAUACUAUGAUCAGCAUGCAAAGGAUGAGCAUUUCAAACCCUUACUGGAACAGAUCUCAAAGUUGGGGGAUGCUCUCCACAACAUCCAAUUUGAACAGCAUUGGCUUGAAGCUCAGACUGAUCGCCAGGCAUUAGUGAAUGAAGGAAUGGGCCGUCGAGCUGUGCAUAAGGCGAUGUUUGAAUCAGCAGCACUCAUCUCGGCUAGUGUCCUCCAGGUCUACCUCAUGCGGCGUCUGUUUGAACGAAAGCUAGGGACAUCCAGGGUUUAGUGUUACUGCUUGCCUUCCAUAAAUUUUUGGUUGUAACUUCCACUAAGCUUAAGUCUUUUUCCUCUGGUUUGGAUAGUUGUGUAGAACACUUCUACCAGUCAGUUGCCCAGCAUGGAAACAUGUACAUUACAAGCUUUUACUGAGUUUAUAAGAAACGUGACUGCACAAGCUGUUCAUGGAGGAGGUUAAAAUAUUAC